AUGCCAAUUACAUCAAAUUAAAAAGGAGCUAUAGUUGUAUAGAAUCUUUCAUGGCAAUGGGUUCAUCUACAGUUGGUGUGCCUCCGGGGUUCCGCUUCCACCCCACUGAUGAAGAGCUGCUUCAUUACUACUUGAAGAAGAAGGUUUCAUUUCAAAAAUUUGACAUGGAGGUCAUCAAAGAGGUCGACCUCAAUAGGAUGGAGCCUUGGGAGUUACAGGAGAGAUGUAGAAUAGGAUCGACUCCCCAAAAUGAGUGGUAUUUUUUCAGUCACAAGGACAGAAAGUACCCAACCGGAUCAAGGACGAAUAGAGCAACAAAUGCAGGGUUUUGGAAGGCAACAGGAAGGGAUAAGUGCAUCAGGAACAGCUACAGGAGUAUUGGUAUGAGGAAAACUCUUGUUUUCUAUAGAGGUAGAGCUCCCCAUGGCCAGAAGACUGACUGGAUCAUGCAUGAGUACAGGCUUGAAGAUGGUGUUGAUAUUCAAGGAAAGUCAUCCAUUGAGGAUGGAUGGGUUGUGUGCAAAGUUUUCAAGAAGAAGAAUCUAUUCAAGGUUGGCAACGAAGGAGGAACCGGCUGCAUCAUCUCUUCUGAUCAUCAACAACUCAACACCUCUUCAAGCACCAUUCAGCCUCGAAGUUUUAUGCACAACAAGGACAGCCAAUUUCUAGUGUUUCAAAGCCCUACUACUCAUCAUCAUCAGCAAGCUUUUGAACUAAACAAAACAGAGCUCGGCCUUCAUUAUCAGUACCCACACAUGGCUGCAAUAACACCUCAUUAUUCUCCUCUCCAAUCCCAAAACUUAAUGCCAACCCAUAACUACUCAUCGGCUCCUGGUUCAGGUUCCCCGGUAAUGGCUAAGCAAUUCAUUUCAAACGCUAGAGAUUGUGAGAGUGGCAGCGAGAGCUUUAGGUAUCCUCAAAGUUCCGAGGCGGGGUUAGAGGUGGGCACUUGUGAACCAGCAAAUGAUCAUCAACAAAUGGGUUUAGGAAGAGAUGAUGAUCAUCAACGGUUGAAUGAAUGGAGUAUGCUUGAUGGCAUUGUUACUCCUCACCUUGGAAAUGAUGGUUCUUCUAAAGGAGUGAGGUUUGAGGAUCCUAAUAAUGCAUCAUCAGUAAAUCCAAAUAAUCACCUCUCUUUGCGCGGAGAGAUGGAUUUUUGGGGCCAUGGAAAAUGAUUAUUCUCUCUCUCUCUCUCUCUCUCUCUCUCUCUCUCUCUCUCUCUCUCUCUCUCUCUCUUUUUAAUAAGUGAUUAUUUAUUUAUUUAUUUUUCCAUCUAUAUAUUACUCAUUAAAAAUCAAAAGAAAUUCAUAAUAGAGCUCAUUAUGUAAAAUGG